AUGUCUGCUCCGUCUACAGUCCUCAUCACUGGUGGAAACCGUGGAAUCGGCCAAGGCUUCGUCAAGACUUUUCUUGCUCGGCCUUCGCUCACUGUCAUCGUUGGCGUUCGCGAUCCCUCCCACCCGACCUCUAAGGCCCUCCAGGAUCUGCCAGUGGGCAAGGGUUCCAAGUUGAUCACCGUCAAGCUUGACUCCAGCGUCCCCUCUGACGCUGCCGAGGCCGUUGCUGCGCUGAAGGGGGAGCACGGCAUUCGCGCUCUUGAUAUUGUCAUCGCCAAUGCCGGAAUCGGAAACGAUGGCGGACGAGUUCGUGACACAGCCGUGGACAACAUCAACAAGCACUUUCAGGUAAACACAAUCGGCCCUGUCGUGCUGUUUCAAGCCGUAGCAGACCUCCUGCAGGCCAGCAAGACCGAGAAGCCCAUUUUCGUUGCAAUUUCAACCAUCAUCGGCUCCAUCGGCUCUAUGGAACUCUUGGCGGGACUGCCCCCUACCAGCAGCCCUUAUGGUGGCAGUAAGGCAGCUCUGAACUGGUUCAUUCGGCGCCUUCACUUCGAAGAGCCUUGGCUCACUAGCUUCGUCUUCCACCCUGGCCUGGUAGAGACCGAUCUUGCUCUUGCUGCUGUUGGCAGUGGUUCCAAGGAACAGCUCUCCGCUUUUGGAGCCAUCACUGUCGAGACCAGUGUUACGUCAAUGGUCAAUGUUAUUGAUAAGGCCGGUAAAGAGCUUGGUGGAACCUUUCAAAAUUACGACGGUACUACAAUCGCCUGGUAG